UUCCAACGUUUUAGACACAGAUAUGGUAAUAAUAAUGGUCCACAAUCAUGUGAAAUCACUUUUUAUUAUUAUUGAGAAAUGUAACAUUCUCUUGAGAGAUGACCCCUAAACCCCCCUAAAUACGUAUACUUAAACCUAGGGAAAACACUGUCUGUUUUAAAAUGUUUUUGGUUCCGAUAUUCUAGCCAGAAGAUUAAUUUUCUCUGUGUGUGUGUGUGUGUGUGUGUGUGUGUGUGUUGUCUCUGUGUGCAGGGUGCUGUAGGCAUGGAGCACAGGUGAGAGUUUAUUCAUGGAGUGCAGCAGCAUCAUUAUAAGCCCACCACAGACUCUGCUGUAGCUGCCAUCUAUGUAUCUAUCGCCAUGGUGAGAAAGAGCUCCUGGACCUUGACUCUGUUGCCGUGGUGACCCUGUAGCAAGAACCCUGUGACUCCAAUCUGUUGCCCCGGUGAUCACAUAAAAAGAACCAGGCAGGUAACUAUUUCAAUCUGCUGCCAUGGUGAUGGUGUAGAAGCAACAGUCACUAUGGGAACGUCCAGGAUGUUCCGCAUUUUUGUCGUCCUGGGCUCGGCCUUCAUGAUCCUUCUGAUCAUCAUCUACUGGGACGACGUCGGAGCCUCUCAUCUGUAUUUGCACACUCCUGUGUCACCGGGCCCCAAAAUCCCACACCCCCCUCCUCCUCAUCAGCAGCCUCAAACCUCCCGGACCCCGUCCUUCCUGUCCGACAUCGAUGCCUUCGUUAACCAGUUCUUAGAGCCGGGAACUGGUGAGCCCACGGACCCCGUCCCCGCUGACACAAGUAACCAAUCGGAGAAAGCAGAGGAACGGUAUAUUCCGCGGCGGGAGUGGAAGAUUCACCUGACUCCUGUGGCAGCCGAGCUCCGUGAGAGACAGGAGCAGAGGCGGAGGUUACUUCAGGAGAUGUGCGCUAAUGACAGCGUGGUGUUUCCUGGCAAAAACCGUUCGUUUGAUGACAUUCCCAACAAGGAGCUGGAUCACCUUAUAGUGGACGACAGGCAUGGCAUCAUCUACUGCUAUGUUCCCAAGGUAGCGUGUAGUAACUGGAAGCGCAUCAUGAUAGUACUGAGUGAAAGCCUGCUGCGGGACGGUGUUCCCCAGAGAGACCCGCUGGCCAUCCCCAGGGACCUGGUCCACAACAACAGCAUGCACUUUACCUUCAACAAGUUCUGGAAACGUUACGGGAAGUUUGCAAAGCACCUCAUGAAGGUGAAGCUGAAGAAGUACACCAAGUUUAUUUUUGUGCGGGACCCCUUUGUGCGCCUCAUCUCGGCCUACCGGAAUAAAUUUGAGCUGCGCAAUGAGGACUUCUAUCGCCGCUUUGCCCAGGUCAUGCUGCGCCGCUAUGCCAAUCAGCCGACGCCUCCCGCCUCUGUGGACGAGGCGUUUGGCGUGGGCAUCCAUCCCUCCUUCUCCAACUUCAUCCAGUACCUCCUGGACCCUCAGACAGAGAAGGAGAUGCCCUUUAAUGAGCACUGGCGGCAGGUGUAUCGGCUUUGCCACCCAUGUCAGAUUCAGUAUGACUUCGUGGGCCACUUGGAGACGGCGGAGGAUGAUGCCGAGCAACUACUACGCCAGCUGCGGGUGGACAAUGUGGUGGAGUUCCCCACCUCCCACAGGAACCUCACAGCCAGCAGCUGGGAGGCCGAUUGGUUCAGCACAGUGCCCGUCGAGGCACGGAGAGAACUCUACAAGCUGUAUGAACCUGACUUCAGGCUCUUCGGCUACGACAGACCAGACUCAAUCCUCAAUGAGUGACUCGCGUUUCUGCAAAACUGACCCAGCCACACACAGACAACGUGUUUUUUUUAAUGUAAUGAAAUAAUGUUACACUCCAACAACAGUGACACCUCCCUCUUGGGUGUCCUACACUGAAUGUGCACCUUAUUAGGGACUCACUGCUCCAAGAAAAGCACACUUAAAGGUGUUUCAUGCUUCUUGCGUUCAGCGCUGUCGGGGCGCUGCGGACGGUGCGCUGCGGACGGUGCGCUGCGGACGGUGCGCAUGGUCACCGCAAACCGUCUGGUCUUUCAUACUGAUUGCGGUCAGAGCGGCUCAAAGAACCGACUUCUUCCCUCCUGUAGUCAUUGCAACGCAGCCUAUGCGACCGCGUACGCAUUGUUACAAAAUCUUGGAGGUGCGCGGCUUGGCGAUCAGACCCUCCGCGCACAGACGCCCAGUUCGCGAUUGCGUCAUAUCACCGUCCGCACCGCGCUGAACGAAAGAAGCAUGAAACUGUUUCAACUAGUUGAAGCCCGGUUAAUAACCAUUAUCCGUUAUUGUUUAUUGUUUGUAAUCACAAAGACAACAAGAAGCACACAAGUUAGAGUGAGGACCGCUGAGACAAUGGAUCGUGCACACAGCAUGUGUCCCUAACACGUGGUACAUCCAGUGUAGUCCUUGACUCGAAACCCCCACGCCGAGUGUCGAGCACUCCCAACGUUGAUGUCACGCCACGUCAUUUGCGACAGUUGCAACAGUUGUGUUGUGUGCCAAACUGUGACGAUCACCCAGGCUUUUGUAGCAGGAUGUCGAAGAGAUGUCACUGUGCCACACUCUGUUUUGUGAUGUCAUAGAAACCCUUUUGGUCGUGACACCGACACAGAUGCAGUGGACGGGAAAAUGUGGGGCAAAUAGUUAAAACAAGGUGUUAAUAGAUUAGUUUUAAGUGUAGUUGGACUACAGUGUUUGUUGCCAUCUAAUUUAUUUCGCAUUGUGUAAGUGCAAUGUUUAUGUCAAGCAUGAAAGGGAUUUUUAGGUUUCUUUUAAAGAUACAUACUGACAGCUCGAAACAAGUGGAAUUCUUUUAUACCUCAUACGCAGAUUAAUAUAAAAGGAUACUCACAACUCAUACCGCACAUCUCUUCAUAUAGAAGCACGGCAGCUCCAGUGAACAUUAGACUGCACAGCUGGAUUUUUCUCAGCUUGUCUGUUUCUUUCUACAUUAUUUUCUAAUGUCAUCUGAGCUGGACAUACACAGGUGAGCCUCUGUGUAUAUUUAAACACAACUGUUUUCCAAAGGGAACAUUUUCUUUUAUUGCUUUGUUGUGUUGCCAUGACGCUGUUAUUAUCAGCAUUUAAACACCUUUUGUGUUUAUACACACGGAGACUGUAGUUAGCAACACUGACCUACUGUACAUUGGGUAACCCUGGAGACUGCAACAGUGUUGCUAUCCCUCCCCCUCUAAAUAUGAUGAACACUUGUGUUUACGUUUCAGUUACGUUUGCAUUUUCAUUGGAUGCAGUAUUUUGUAGCAAGGAGCUGAGCACAUUAAGUGAAGCCAACGUGGAGUGUUUUUCAGUAUGUGCUGUGAAGAUACGUCACUCCACAAGUUGGGUUGGUGCAAGAUGAGGCUAUGGUCAGUAUUAAUGUCAGAGUUUCCAAGUAAAGGAGUGUAAUCAUGGUUAGUCAGGAUCAAUCACACCAUGAUCUGAGCAUGGAUCAGGCUGCAUGUUUUAUACGAGAAGAGUGGGAAGAUAAGAUAGUGCCUUUGGUUGCAAAAGUUUACACAGCAAAAAACGUAUUUUUGUAGAAGGACUCAGUUUUUACUUUGAACACCAUACAGUGAGAGCUGUAUGAAGCCAUUGGGCAUUUGUUUAUCUUGUGGGAAUAUUCUUUGGAAAGAAUAGGAAACUGUCUUUAUGGGAAUUUGUAUGAAUUAUGAUUCUGUGAGGACUCCUUCAGUGUGCUUGUAACCAGCGGAUUGCUGUGUGUGUCGUGCAACACACAGGAUUACUGUGUGGUUUUUACUCUUAUGUGAUUAUUCUGCAAGAUGUACAUGUUCACACUAUUGACUCAGUGUUGUCUCACUGCCUUUUGGUUUAUUUGUUUUGUAAAGGUGCGGUUCACACCUGGAAAUAUUUAGCAUCUGCGGCUGGUUUUCCCAUCAUCACUCGAUGCAUUUUUUUUUUUUUACAUGUAGCUCUAAAUGCGCACACAGAAAAGCAGGUCUAUGCUAAGCAAGACAAUGAUAAUUGGAAAACACACUUAGUCAUCAUGCACUCCCACCUCACCAGUGUUUGGAUUGUCAGAUUUUCAUAUUUCUUUUGUUAAUUCUUUUUUUUUUUUUUUUUUUUAUGUUUUCUUACGUUACUGUCCUGAUGUAAACUAUGUCAGAAAUGUUGCUCUUGGCUGUAUUUUCUUUAAAAGUGCAAACAACAACACCGUAAGAUGGAAUACUUUUUUUAAGGGAAUAAGAAAACAGCUUAUUUAUUGGCAGAAUAAAACCUAUGAGUACUUGCUGUUUUUGUAAUGCGAACGUCUUCGGAGUGUUAAUGAAUCUUUAUGAAGAUUAGAGUUUGACUGGUGGGAUGUAUUUUUUUCGCCCACGGUGGUCUGAUGCUUCAACAGCCUUGAUGCUUUGAACAGCUUAAAGGAAUUGAAGCUUCAGUGCUGCUUGUCCUACAUUUUGACCUCAUGCCAAUUCAUAAUAUUAAAUGGUGUCACGGACCAAAAACCCCAAAUCUAUUUUUGUGAUUCAUGUUUUUGUAAAAAAAAAAAAAAAAAAAAAAAAAAAAGUAUACAUAUUUCAUAAAGUCAAAAGAGACUUUGCAGUCUGACAAACUUGUUCCUUCUCUCAUCGAUACAGAAAAUGCAAAGUAUUCAUUCAGUUUCAUCAGUGUUAUGGUGUCAUGCAUCAUCUGGUCUUUGUACAAGAGAAAUAAAGGCUGUGCGGCAUAAUGGAAAA